UGUGUGCUAUUUCUUAGGCCUUGUCAUUGUUGAUUGACAGGGGGCGUGGCCAGUCAGCCCUCAACAACCUGAGCUGCUUCAGGCAAAUUUAUGCAAAUCAGCCUCUGAUUGGGGCCCUCCCCUCGGUGCUUCUGACAGGUGGUGGCUGUAAGCUCCGCCCACCUGAUCCAAAACUCAGUGGUGACUCCGCCCCCCCCCACACACACACACAGGCAUACACACCACACGUAUGCAGACAUGCUGGCCCUCAUGGCUGCAGGCGGUGUCUUCUUCCCGGGACUGUUCCUGCUGUCCAGGCUGGGUCUGAGGGUCCUGAUGGGCUGGACUGAGGCCGACGCCACCAUCGUGUCAGUGCGGUGAGAACACACACACACACACACACGUGAAACAUCCUGACUUUUCUGGGCUGUCAAUCAUCUCGUGUCCCACCACACCCCCACCACUCGGGUCUCGACAGCGGUGUGUCGUCCCUGCAGGCCGCCAUGGCGUCGGCGGCAGGAUGUGUCAUCGCCUCGUCUUGCCAGGACGUCAUGGAGGACAAGUGAGAGCCCGAUGCAGCCCCCCCCCCCCACCCCCCCACCCCAUCACGUAAUCUAAUUAACCUUCCGGCUAUUUGUGUCUCACUAAUCCCUCCCCCCUCCCGAGGCGGCCGCCGCUGUGGGCGUGGCUUUAGUCAAAUUGUUGGCCAAGCGGUCACGUGAUGUGCAUCAGGAAGUAUUCGCAGCACUUUGAUGUUGGUCUUCCUCCAAGUCCUGUUCUCCUCAAUCAAUCCCAUCAUCAGCGCAGGCAUUCCCAGCCUCUUCCCAGCCUCUUCCCAGCCUCUUCCCAGCCCCUUCCCAGCCCCUUCCCAGCCUCUUCCCAGCCCCUUCCCAGCCUCUUCCCAGCGGGUUCCCAGCCUCUUCCCAGCGGGUUCCGUGGUGCUGCUCCAGAUCUUUCAGCCAAUCAGGCCUGGACGCUAGACCACGAGGAACCAUCAUCGUGCUGCGGGGGGUCAGUCAGGAUGGGAGGGAGGCGGGUCUGGAGUGGACCAAUCAGAAGCCAUCCGCCCUGACGGCCGCAGGUGUACGCCUGUCAAUCAUACUCGGGGCUGUGAAUACCUGCGCACCCGCAUCGGCAGCCAUGUUGGCGUGUGAAUACGAUGUCCAAGUGCUGCGAGUACUUCCUGGUUGGUGGUCUCUGCGGCCUGAUGGGCGUUCCUAAUAAAGCGGCCAUCUGCUCCCCCCAGGCACUGGCUGACGGAGGCCUACGUCAGCUUCGCCGCGCCAUACUUCGUCUACGAUGUGUACGCCAUGUUCCUGUGCCACCGCCAGCGGGGGGGCGUGCAAGUGGCGACCUUCGUGCGCAGGGAGAUGCUGAUGGUGCUGCAUCACGCCUUCAUGGUGCUCUUCUGCCUGCCCGCCUCCCUGGUGUGGAGGCGGGGCCAAGGGGAUUACUUCCAGGGCGUCCUGUUGCUGGCCGAGCUCAGCACGCCGUUUCUCUCCGCCCCCAGCUGGAGAAGGAGCACACGCUGCUGUACAAGGUCAACGGCGUGCUGACGCUGCUCGUCUUCUUCGCCUGCCGGGUGGCGCUCUUCCCUUACUUGUACCUGACCUACAGCAGGUACGCGUCCGUGUCCGUUGGGCGGGCGGUGCUGGAGGCGCCGUGGCAGUGCAACCUGGGCGCCGCCCUGCUGUGGCCCCUGCAGCUCUACUGGAUGGCGCUCAUGUGCAGGCGGGCGCUCCGCCUCCUCACGGGACGCUCGCACGCCAAGGUCAAGAAGACACUGUGAAGGGCAACCUUUUAUUUUGGUAGGUGCAGCAGGAAAUCAUGGCACUGACGAAAGAAAUGAUGAUGGGAGAAGGCGCCAGAGGUCAGAGGUCAGUCUUCUUCCGUGGUUUCUUCCUCCACACUUCCUGUCCGCCGAUGAAUGUGGCCCUCACGUCCAAAGACUCGUCCAGCAACACCACGUCUGCACCCACAACACCCGAUUCAACACCCGAUUCAUCACCCGAUUGAUCACCCGAUUCAUCCCUCAGUCAGUCGGUCGGUGUCAUGUAUUGAUCCGUGAUCAGGGAUCAUACCCACGUGGAUGUAUUGAUCCGUGAUCAGGGAUCAUACCCACGUGGAUGUAUUGAUCCGUGAUCAGGGAUCAUACCCGCGUGGAUGUAUUGAUCCGUGAUCAGGGACCCUACCUGCGUGGAUGUAUUGAUCCGUGAUCAGGGACCCUACCUGCGUGGAUGUAUUGAUCCGUGAUCAGGGACCCUACCUGCGUGGGAGCCAAAGUCCAGGGUUCCUUUGUGGUGGCUGAUUCCUAAGAGUUGAGCAGGAUGAAGCGAUGCUGCUUCUAAAGCUUCUUCCACACUGCAGCCUACACACACACACACACACACACACACAUGACCACUUCCCCCUGCUUCCUUGCCUCCUUGCCUCCUUGCCUGUCAGCUGACCUGAGGCGUGUUUGAAGUGGCGCACACACAUGUCCAUGGUGGCGAUGCUGCCGCUCAGCGUCUGCGUGCCUUGGAGACGAGGAGAAGAGGAGAAGGAGGAAGAUCUUUCGUGACGUACAACAAGAAGGGAGGGGUUGGGGGCGGGGCAAGCGGACCUUCCAGGCAGGCGUGCAGACCCUGGAUCUGGAUGACCUGCUGGCCCAGCGUGUGGCGGCCCGGAGGAAGGCCCAUGGCGGCGAUGGCGUCCGUCACCAACACCAAACCUGCAAACACCCGUCAGCGACGCCCGACAUCUGCGACCUUUCACCCUGUGACCCCCACCUGCCGGGUGAGCGCGGUGGGCGAUGCGCAGCGCGGCGGGAUGCGUGUGGAUCCCGUCAGCGAUCAUCCCGUAAAACACGCUCCUUCCCUCGGGGAUCCGGUCGCUGGUCAGCAGGCCCACGAUGCCCGGGUCUCGAUGGUGGAACUGAACCACAUGACAGGAAGUUAGCGCGGGCGGGCGGCUUGUGGGCGGCCGGAGCGCAACCUACGGGCAGCAUGGCGUUGAAGAGGUGGGUGAUGAAGGAGGCGCCGUGCCGGACCGCCUCCUCCGCUUGGGACAGGUUGGCCACGGAAUGUCCUGCAGGAAGGCGCCCAUGAGCAUGUGCACGCAGCGUGAGGAUGGCGUGAGUGCCAACGCACCGAGCGACACGGUCACGCCCCUACGGCGGAGCUCCCUCACCGCCGAUAGGCUGCCCUCCAGCUCGGGGGCCAGCGUCACCAUGGCGACGUUGUCCAGGCUGCCGUAGACCUGGGUCAGGUCCGCCAGGUCCCCGGAGCGGAAGGUUCGCAGGAAGCGCUCGGGAUGGGCGCCCUUCUUCUCCACGCUGAUGAAGGGACCCUCCAGGUGGACCCCUCCCCCACACAUCAAACGUUACCACUGAAGGACGUGUCCCGCCGCCGCCAACGUGUCACCUCACCUAGUACGCCCGCACCGUGCCCACCGCCAUCGUCCACCUUGACCCCGGGCAGGACCUGAAAGGGGGUUGUCUCAAAUGUGAGCGUGCCGGGCUCUAACGGGGGCGGGGGGCACCGACCGACCUUGCGGUAGACAUCCGUGGGGGACGUGACCAGCGUGGGGCAGAAGGACGUGACGCCGUGCUCCAGAACCUUCUGGGCCACCAAAGCCACGCCGGCGCCGACGUCAUCAGAGGCCCGAGAGAAGUCGACGCCGUAACCUCCUGCAGAGAAAGCACGCCCUUGUCACGCACACACGCACACACACGAGACCCCCAGCGGCACGCGGCCUGCACCGUUGAUCUGGACGUCGAUGAAGCCCGGAGCCACGAUGCCGCCAUGACAGUCGACCUGCUCGUCAGCGUACGCCUUCUCAUCAAAGAACAGCUUCUCGGGAUCCAGGAUCUUCCCUUCACGCACCCACAGGUCCUCCCUGCACACACGCACACACGCACACGCACACACACGCAUCAGCCGUGCGUGUCAGCUGCACACGUGCACGCGCCGGCGUUACCUCUGCAGUCGGUGGUCCCUGAGGAUCCGGCAGUUGACCAGCUGAGUGAUGGGGGCGUCCGACACGGACUUGUUGGACGGCAUCUUGCACUGAAAAACACAUCCGAGCAGCUCAUCUCGCCUUUUCCACUCUUUGGAAUCUUUCUGCUAUUUUAUCCUAUCACGGACAGACUUUGACCUCUGAUCGACCUCUGAUUGAUUGACCUCUGAUCGACCUCUGAUCUUCAGGUCACCUUGAAGGAAAUCGGCAUGAAAUGACAUUUGCUACACAACAGCAGCCCUUGCUAGCCCGGUCCUCCGCUGCAAACUGCGAUGGGAAAGCUGCCCCUUUAGCCCCCCAGGCUGCGGUGGGACUGUCCAACGUUCCCGGGAGGAGGAGGCCGGCGACGAGAACUAGUAGCUAACGACUGUCUGAUCGGCUGACGCGAAGGUAAAAAAUACAGCCGUCUUUUCACGAUAAUGGCAACUUUGUCCAACUUGUUGACUCGUCUAACAACAAACUGGCGGGGCUGGCUUCCUAAAACUGCCCCCUCUGUCCACGGAGGUCCGUGACACGUCACUCCAAACCUACCUUCCGUCUCUUGGCGCUCUAAAAUAAAAAAGAAAAGAAAAGAAAGAAACCGAAAAGCUUACGUUGGCUGCUGCUCGUCGAUAAACAGGCGCGAGGACUCUAUCGGAAACGACUACGGUCAUGUGACCGUGCAGGUCACAUGAUAGAAACGUUUGUCAACAUAGUUUUUUUUAGUAGGCUACCAACUUCUUAAGUAAAUGAGUCAAACGUGUGUGAAAGUAGUGCCGUGAAACUCAUUAAAUGAUCAUUGUUAAACUUGAGAUCAAUUGUUUUUCUACAGCCGUUACUUGAACGUCACCUCAGGGUCCUAACGCCUGCCAGCUGUCAUACUAAACACCGCCAGCAGAGGUCGCCAGAACGCAACAUUUACCAAAACAUGAUUUGGAAUGUUGAAGGUUUAUACGUUGACUAGUUAAAGACUAGUUUAGAAGUCAUUCAUUCACGAAGUAGGACGAGUGCAGGAAAAGGAUGGAUGUUUUUAACAAUGCUGUGCUAGCUAGCAUGGAGGAACGCUCA